CGUCGCGUUCGGUUGUUGUCGCCGUCGCAUGUUGCUAUCGAGCGUACACACGUGUACAACCGGUUCUUGUUGAGUUUGCUCACUUGCCUGCCUGUGGUACCGUUACUUCAACCAACCUGGUGUGGCUCUGGCUACCAUUCAGGGUUACCGAAGAUCGGUUCGUUUGUUUGUGUAUGUGUGUGUAUAUUCCCACAAGAACCGAUCACUAGCACAGUGAAGAACACGAUCGGUCGGGGUCGGUUUCGAUCGGGACUCUGGCAUCUGGAAAAGGUGUUCACUGUUCAACAACGGCUUGAUUGUUAUUUGGACUGGGCUAUUCGGAUCUCUAACCCGGUUCAGUGUAUUGGUGGUAAACGAUCGUUGUGUUAGUUUUUUGUUGUGCUGAUUUUUCUGACGAAACACAGCAAAGCAAAUCGACGAAAUAAAUCGAACAAAACGAAGAACCGAAAACAUUCAGCCAACAGAAUUCAGCCCGUCGUAAAACUCGGAUCUGUAUUUGGAUUGGUGUGAUUGUUAUUUUCCCGAGGUAUCGAAAAGAUCAACUUCUGCAAAAAUUUCGAUACAUGAGAUAUAACGAAAUAAAAUGCUUUUACUCUAAGAAAAUGAUCUUAAAGUGAAAUAUUUGCAGUGCAAUAGAAGAAAAAUCAAACGAUUGCACAGCAAUCGUUAAAAUUGUGCAUAUAAAGCUAUGUGUCUGUAAAAAUAGGAAGAAUUAUAAGAAAAAUGAUAAAUUGAAGGUAAAAAAAUCAUUACCCAAAAAGUAAGUGUGUGAGUUCCAAGCCAGAAAGGAAAUUCUCCAGCCCAUCUUACCUUCGAUUAAAAUAUAAAAGAAAAAAAAAACGAAACGAAACGAAGAAACAUCGACGGCUAGUUUGUGUUGUAUUUAAACAAGGAAACCCGAGAAGAGAAGGAACGAAGCGAAACGAAAACCCGUCUAGAAUCCUACAGAUACCUGUUGCGGGCUCGUGUAACCUAAUUAUCGCCACGGAGAAUGUUUGCCGAAACUUAACAACGCGCUGUAGUUUAGAGGUGUCUCGAUUAGGAGUGUAAACAAGUGGAACAACCAAAUUACGGUCGGGUUAUCAUACUAGAGAGGGCACUAUUGGGCAAUAUUGGGCAACCGCAACAACAAUACUUGCUGGCGACAAGCUUGGGAGAAAAAUAAAUAUUUAAAGGAAAGCUGUGUGCUGCAAGAAAAUUUCUGGAAAAAAGAGUUCUUCAAUACCAGAUCUAGGCUGCUGUUGUGCAAUAAAGUGGGUGCAGUGGGAAGUGUCUGUGUGUCUGUGUCUACGCGAUUGCUCUUAUCAGAGUGCUAUCAGAAUAAAAAUACAUAACCUCGCUGCCGCGAGUGUAAAUAGAUAAGGGGUCCACCUAGCUGGAGCAGAGAUAACGGUUUUUCUAGUGCGCUUCUCAUACGCAUUUGUAAGUUGUUUGAAAAAAAAGGGGUGCUACAGUUAAGGUUGAAUAAAAGUUAUAUGAUGAAUGUGGUGCUGCAAAUGUCCAGCCCCAAGUAUUGAAUUGCCGUAAUGGAAGCUGCCGAACGGCUAGAUCAGCUAACGACAACGACGUCUACGGGAGCAGUGAUCCGGAAGAAGCGACAAUUUAUGGCGACGCGGUCCUAUUCUAGGCUCGAUGAUGAAGUGUUGUCCAGCAGCAGCAGCCAAUGCAGUCCGAUCUGUAUGAGUAUCGCAGAUGAUGAGCGUUGCUGCAGCGUUGCUCCGAUGAAGAUGCGUGCCAAACAGAAUGAUAAUGUUAUGAAUAGUAAUAAUCAACGGCGACCAAAAGCGUUGGUGAUGGCGGCUUCGCGAUGUUGUUCUAGAUCGGCCGGGUCAAGAUUGGGCCAUCGCUUAUCAACGGUCUGGAGAGCUGCGGUCACGAUGCUGACAAUGUUGGCACUACUCCAUGGAACGCGUCCAUCGCCAGUUGAUGCAGGUAAACUACAAAAAUACUUCUCGGAAACAAACUUCAGCUCAAAACAAAAUUGAUGGUAAAUUAGAAACAUCAAAAAGAUCAAUCAAUUUUAAUCGAAGUGAGUGAUUCCUAAAUUUUAGAAUAAAUUCUAGUUCCAUUCCUUUUGGUCGUCCCCUCGAGUUGUCCCACACUGUUAGACUUAACUUAAGCUAAUCAAACAGUCAGAGGGUUCCAUUGAUUAGUCGUCUAGCAGUAGCGAGAAUCGGUUUCCACUCAAUCAUUCCUUCCAGCUUACCUUCGUUUGUUCCGAAAUCGAAAGGGGCGGCUGUUUUCCGCCUUCCCUUCAACAAAGUGGCAUCAAUUACUUAAGUCAACUCGAAGCCCCCUUUCUCUCGGUGUUCUCCCUUCAAAUUUCUGCGGAAAUCGGUCAUUCUCUCGGUACCCGACAAAACUUAACAGAAUCCAUACGUGCAGUGUCUGUGUCUAAUAAUAAUGCAUUACAUGCCGCUGCACUAUUAAGUAGAAACAGAGAAAGGCGGCAGACGAACCGCACAUUUGGUGCAUUAGAUGAUCUGUUUUCCGGCUACAAAUGUACGAAUAUUGGUUUCUCGAGUUCCCUCAACGCGACUCAACUCAAUUCAACUCGAGUCGCAUUUUGCCGCACAUACGCCUCAAUGUCAGCAGCAACGCGACCAGACAGACAUAUUUGACGGUAAUAGACAACAUAAAUUAAACUCCCCGGAGUUGCCGCUGCCGCAGCCAGCGAGUAGAGAAACCCGGCAAAUGUUUGGUGCGGCUGGCGUGAAAGAUGAAAAUAAAAGGAAAAUAAGGAAAACGGAAAGGAAAAAUAAUAUACCUACUCUCAUAGAUGGAACAUAUCGAAAGACGCAUUCACACACAUGAAGGGAGGAAAUCGUCAAAUUUGUUUCACACCCCCGAAUCAUCGGAUCAUCACUUCUUCUGGCAAGGAUAUUAAUUUUCGUCGAGAAACGUGGUUGAACUGACUUUUUGAAACAUUCGAGUUUUGAACCUUGAAAGGGAUCUACAAAAUUCAAAAGGUGAAUAGGCACAUUUAAAAAAUUUACCCUUCUCAAAGUGGAAAAUUUUGAAUUAUUUUUUUAUAGAUUCACCUGGUCAAUGCAAGACCAGAAAAAGGGCAAAAAGACAAAAAAGACAAAAAAGACAAAAAAGACAAAAAAGACAAAAAAGACA